UCGAAUCUUUGACGCACCGGUAAACCGCACAGCUUCAUUUGACGUCAAGCUUUUGUUGAAGAAACAUGUUUUUCUGUUUGAUUCUGGUUUUCAUCUCCAUAUUUACGGGUGCUACUGCUGCAAAUAGUUGCAGUUGUUCCUGUUCAGGAAACUCUCCAUUUAAUGGUCGAUCAGCAAUACGUCAAUGUACCUUCUCAAAAAUCAAUGAAGAUAAAGAUGUCGGGGGAAUCAGAACGUGCGGUUUCCAAAAAAUUUCUGACAACACAGCUCUGAGAGCAACAUUUCAGGGAGACAUUAGAAUGCUUGGCUGCACUAACGGAAGAUGUUGUCGACGAUGGUUCAUUACGUUUAAUGGUCAGGAAUGCAGUUCACCUGCACCUAUUGAUGCUGUCGUGUAUGCCAACGUUGCUGUCAACCUCCACCGACCAGGGACUUUGGAUGGGUUUUGUGAGAAUAUUCCAAAAGGAAGAGUUGUCGUUGGUGUUUCUGUCGGAGAUUGUAAACUUAGUGCACAUCCUAACGGAAACGCGUUCACUGGAUGGAAUUCUGUCGCACGUCUGAUCAUCGAAGAAGUUCCACCAUUGCAAUAAAACAAACAAGAAAGAAUUUCGUUUUUUUACCAAACGACAUAUUUAUUUACAUUUUUAGGCGAAGCCAA